AUGAUUGUCUAUAUUAUGCUAUUUAUUUUUUAUGCCUGUUCUAUACAAAAUGCAGAUGCAAAUGAACCUUUUAUUGUUCAUACAAAAUACGGCGAUGUAGUUGGUUAUCAAACGAAUUCAGCUCGUAUUUUUUAUGGCAUUCCUUUUGCUCAACCACCUAUCAAUGAUUUAAGAUGGAAUCCUCCAGUACCAAUUGAGAAAUGGGCUCCAAAAGUGAUUAAUGGUACAUUGCCAGCACCUGCUUGUCCUCAGCCACCGUGUAAUCCAGCAUCUCCUAUUUGUCCUCCAAGUUUUUCUGAAGAUUGUCUCUAUUUGAAUAUUUUCACUCCGAUAACAACACAAUCUACGCCUUUACCGGUUAUGCUCUUCAUUCAUGGUGGUGAGUUUCAACUUUUUGGUGCUUCUGCUCCCAUAUAUUACUCGGAACGUUGGGUCAAUACUACAAAUGUCAUUGUUGUACUCAUUCAAUAUAGACUUGGUGUUCUUGGAUUUUUGGCAACUGGAACCGGCCCCAAUGAUAUCAACGGUAAUUAUGGUAUACUGGAUCAACGUCUAGCAAUUGCAUGGAUCAAAGCAAAUAUUGAUGCAUUUGGAGGAAAUCCAGAUGAGAUUACUUUGUUUGGUCAAAGUGCUGGUGCACAAUCUGUUGCAUUACAUUAUGUAACAAGGGACAUGCAAUCAUUUUUUCAACGAGCUAUUAUUCAAAGUGCACCCAUGGCUAUACCGUUUAGGACUUAUGCAGAAUAUAUAACACCUAGUGUUCUCCUAGCUGAAGAACUUCAUUGUUCGUUUGGGGAUGUAUCUUGUCUUCGUGCAGCAAGCGCUGAUAACAUUGUCGCCGCUCAAAAAAUAGUAAAUACCAAAAUUACUUCAUUUGAAAUAUUGCUAUUCUUUGAACCAUGGGUACCUGUUAUUGAUGAUAUUCUUGUCUUUGGUCAACUUUAUGAAACAAUUCAAAAUCUAUCAUUUCCUGUAAAACCACUUGUUACGGGUACAGUCCUCGAUGAAGGUUUAUAUUUCGUUUUUAGCAAAUGGAAUCAACCUAUUUUACCUAUUUCUUAUAUUGAAAUUGCUCUUGCAUUCUUUCGAGGUAAAGCAUUUAAAAUUCUUGAACGCUUUCCUCCUGUAGGUGAGGGAGACCAAAGACUACUUUUAUCUAAAGUUGCUACACAAUGGGUUUUUGCUUGCCCAACACGAAUAUUUACGCGUAAAGCUGCACUAUACUAUUAUGUUUUUGGUUUUCCUUUAAAUUCAAGCACCAAUGUAAGUCAAAAAUACUGUAAUGGACAUGUAUGUCAUGGUGAUGAAUUACCUUAUUUAUUUGAAUCGAAUUGGAUGAAUACUACAGAUGCUGGUCGCCGUAUUUCUCAAAGUAUAGGAAUGUACUGGACGAACUUUGCAAAAACUCAAAAUCCAAAUGAACCUUUACGUAUACCUAUAGCAUGGCCAACAGUAAAUAGUACUGAUGAGAAAUAUUUAUAUUUUCAAGAUCCAUUACAAGUGCAACAAAAUUAUUUAAAAGAUGAUUGCGAUUUUUGGGAUCAAAUUGGUUAUCGAAAAAACUUUUGA